CGUCUUCAAAACGGAAAAUUUCCAUUUCUCUCCCUCUCUAUAUAAACAUGUCUACAUGACUGUGUGUGAGUAGGGCAGUACGAAUUUGACUUGAUGAUGUGUUUGUUUAAGCUGAUAUUAUACUAAUAUUUAAACAGAGCCUCCAUCAACGGUGGGAAGAUUCCUUGAUGCUUUCCAAUUUAUGCCUGAUAAAAUUUUAAUUUGAAUUCUCUACCGGUAGGAUUUUUAUUGAUUGUACCUAUAGUUUUCAAUUUGGUUAGGAUUGAUUCUUCAUUUACUUUAUUGAAUUUGUCUUUGUGUUAUAAUGUAUCUUUAUAUUUUCUGGGAAUUGAAUUUUGUCACAUGUUAUAUUAUAUUGGUUAAUCCUUUGACAUUGGUGGAUUAUUUAUUACUUGACCAUUUUCUUGGCUAAUUGUUUGGAAAAUUGUAGAAUGUUUGAUGUUUAUCUAUUCUUUGACAGCAAAAAGAAGAAGCUGAUUAAAAAACUCAACGAUAUGAUUAAUCACUUAUUUUGCUCCCUGUAUCCAUUGUACGUUUUGUGACGUGACGAGGUACUUCCGAGAACACUGCAUGCGCAGUUCUAUACAAAUGUUGCUUCCUGUAGCUGACAUUUAUGUGUUCUUUAUCUAAAAAACAAGGUUGUAUCCAGAAUUACAACUUUGAUCUCGGUUUUUUAACUGUCCGUGCUAUAACGAGAAGAACAAACUGUUUUCGUGAUCGAGCUAAAUUUGGAUUUGAGUUUGAGCUGAGUGCUUUUGUAGGUUGCUUGCUUGACUGAAACCAUUGGACGUUUGGAUUGCUUUCUGUCAUUAGCAAUUAACAAGAAACGGGAAUUUGAGAAAUUUACUCGUCUAUAGGUAUAACUGCGUUGUUAUGGAGGAUUGCAAACAACAUCAUUUGGCGAAGAACGAUUCCCCUGAAGUGCUUCCAUCAUUGAUCAAAGUUAUUACUGCACAUGAAGUGGCUGGUUUCGAUGCUGUUAAACAGCCUGAUGAUGUAAAUGAUCGAUUCAAAUCAAAUGGCUUUCAUUCUUCUGACUUGUCACCUAAGGGAACUGAAACAGUUUGUGUAGAAGGGCAAAAUGAUCUUUCUAACUCUCAGAGGAUGCAGUUUGUUUCCAUUAGCAUGCCACCUUCUCCGGUUGGAGUUCAUUUACAUAACACAAAAAGGGGUGUCUUCGAAUAUAAUGAUAGAGCAAUUAUCAGCAAUGAUAUUCCCAGAUCUGCAGUUGCAUCCAAAAAUAAUAGACAGACCAAAUUUUAUUCUCAGCCGAUUCCAAAACGUCCAGUAGUUAAUGAGGCCAUUGCUAGUGGAAAAUCUCCCAAGGAUCCAGGCCUUCCACCGAAGAAUCCUAGGAUUGAUGUACACAAGGAUAAAAGAUUCGACUCUUUCAAGACAUGGUCGGGAAAACUUGAGGGGCAAAUAUCAAAUUUGCGUGGAAAGCAUAGGGAAACUGAGGUAGACCUUGAGACUCAGAGACCUGCAGAAGUUGAAAUUUUACCAGCAGACCGUUACUUUGAUGCAUUAGAGGGGCCAGAAUUGGAUACCUUGCGGGCUUCCGAAGAAAUACUUCUUCCGAAAGAUAAGAAAUGGCCGUUCCUUCUACGCUUCCCUAUCUCUUCCUUUGGUAUUUGUCUUGGCAUUAGCAGCCAAGCCAUAAUGUGGAAAACCCUGGCGACUUCUGCUUCUACUAGGUUCCUCCAUGUAAACCCGGACAUAAAUCUGGUCCUGUGGUGCUCAUCUCUCGCUCUAGUGGCAAUUAUCUCUUUUAUUUAUUGUCUGAAAGUGAUUUUUUACUUUGAGGCAGUUCGUCGUGAGUACUACCAUCCAGUUCGUGUUAACUUCUUCUUUGCUCCGUGGAUUGCCCUUUUGUUCUUGGCCCUUGGAGUUCCUCCAUCAGUUUCUCAAAAGCUGCACCAAUCUCUUUGGUACAUUCUUAUGGCCCCUGUUUUUUGCCUCGAGCUUAAGAUCUAUGGACAGUGGAUGUUGGGAGGGCAGCGAAGGCUUUCUAAGGUGGCCAAUCCCUCGAGUCAUCUCUCAAUUGUUGGGAACUUUGUUGGUGCACUGCUUGGUGCAUCCAUGGGGCUAAAAGAAGGUCCUAUGUUUUUAUUUGCUGUUGGAUUGGCUCAUUACGUAGUCUUAUUUGUAACUCUCUACCAAAGACUUCCAACAAAUGUGACACUCCCAAAAGAUCUCCACCCGGUUUUCUUUCUGUUCGUUGCUGCACCUAGUGUUGCCUCUAUGGCAUGGGCAAGGAUUCAAGGGUCCUUCGACUAUGGAGCACGAAUUGCCUACUUCAUUGCCUUGUUCCUUUAUUUCUCUCUGGCUGUCCGCGUUAAUUUCUUCCGAGGCUUCAGGUUCUCAUUGGCAUGGUGGGCUUACACUUUCCCUAUGACUGGAGCUGCCAUUGCCACGAUUAGAUACUCAGUCGUGGUUACCAACAUAGUAACCAAAAGUUUAACCGUCGUCCUCUGUGCAGUGGCUACUCUUACUGUUGCAUCAGUGCUCGUAACAACUAUUAUUCAUGCCUUCGUAUUGGGCGAUCUAUUCCCAAAUGAUAUAGCCAUUGCAAUUAGUGAGUCACGUCCUAAACCAUCCGUGAAAUGGUUCCACAAAAGAAAUGCUAGCUCAGAUAACAAAAAUGGUGAAAAAUUCCUCAAAUGUUCGAAUUCUGAAGGCAAAGAUAUUGUGGCUGCUUCUGUUUUGAAAGAUGUUGAGAACAGUCACUCUCACAAGGUUUUGGAGACAUUAAUUCUUCCAGUCAUUCUCUAAAACUUUCGUCACUCGAUCAAGUGAGGAACUCUAGAUUUUUGAGGUCUCCAAUGAACUUGAUGUGCCAAGAGGAAAAUAUGGUUUGAUCACUAAGGAUAAGUACAUAUUUUUCUUCAAUUGUCAUGAGAAAGGAUUUGAUGAAGGCUUUUCCAAGCUGAAAUGUAAUAGUGUACUAGAAUUGACAUUGUCGAACUUAAUUAUAUAACCGUAUCAAGUGAAACUUGUGACUCUAUUAAAAAAAGAAUAUAAAAAUGUUAUGAUUUUUUUA